AUGACAUCCCACAAUGCCGCGCUUCAUGAAGACUGGGGUAUGACCCUAUGGAUCGUGAAUAGUGUCUUUAUUGCGCUAGCUACCAUGGCUGUCAUCGCAAGAUUCUACGCGAGAAAGCUACGAAAGUUAUCUCUGGGCGUGGAUGACUGGGCAAUCCUUUUCGCUUUGCUUCUCGACUGGGCCUUAUACGGCCUAUUUGUUGGAUGCCGAAAUUAUGGUCUCGGAAGACAUCGCGGUAUCAUCUCCGACGCAGACGUGCUACGAAUGCUGAAACUCCUGUAUUACUUCCAAAUUUUCUAUAUCCUCGCGCCACCAACUGUCAAGCUAUCGCUUCUAUUCCUAUACAAACGAAUCUUCGUUUCGUCGCGCUUCCUCAUCAUAGUCUACAUCGUGGGCGCCAUUAUUUCGAUUUGGGCAAUUAUCAUGGUGUUCCUCGGCAUCUUCAACUGCAAGCCGAUCAGCGCUUUCUGGACGGGAGAAGGGAAAUGCAUUCCCUUGCGAGAAUUUGCAAUCGGAUACGCCGUUGUAAAUAUCGCUACUGACGUGGCCGUUUGGUUGAUGCCGAUCCCAAAUAUGUGGAGAUUACAACUACCACUCGCGCAGAAGGUUGCCUUGACCUUCAUUUUUGCGUUGGGAAUUUUUGACUUCAUCGCUGCUAUCAUCCGCCUAAUUGCCUCUAUGCUAGUCCUCGGCAACUGGGACGUAACAUACGACUACGCGCGCGGCUUCAUGUGGUCGAUUAUUGAAGUAUCGGUUGGGAUCAUAUGUACCUGUCUGCCUACAAUGCGGAUUAUCUUGCGAUCGGCAUUCAACGGCAAGCUAGGUCGAAUGCUUGGGUUUUCGAGCUUGACGCCUCAUCGACAGAGUACAGGUCGACGACCAUGGAUUCGAUCAAUGAACUACGACGAGAUUCAGGGCCCGUGGAUGAUUCGUGAUGGAGGGUGCCAUCAGCAUAAUAGUGAUGUUACAGCUACUAGUGGGACCAUGACUAGGACCGUGAGCUCGGAGAGAGAGGCAGGAGAGAGUGGAAUUCGAGUUCUGGAGGAGGUGAAGGUCGAGUUACAGGACAUUAAGCCUGUUGUGGGUACCGCGAGGAAUAGGUUCUACUGA